GAAAGCACAACACCAUCUCAAAAAUAAGUGGAAAAGACUCCAACAUGCCUUGGACUUGAAAAAUAAUGGAGAUAAUUUUGAUAAAGAGACCACCACAAAGAAGGCUGAUCUGAACAUCAAAGCAUGA